CUUGUCGAUAAGCUUCAAUGGCUAACAAAGCUCUCAUAAUCAACCUUCUUCUCUUGUUGCUCAUUGCAGGUGGACACUCUGAUAUAAUCUUCAAGUACGAGAACAAUUGCAAUUACACUGUAUGGCUAUCUGCCGGGCCCUCAGUCGGCGAUGCCGAUCCUGGGAGUGGUCCUGGAACUUUAGAGAUAUUCACAAUGCCGGAUGAAUGGACUGGGAGCAUCUGGGUUAGGACCAAGUGCAGCUUCAAUGACUCAUAUUACUUUUCAUGUGAAACCGGAGACUGUGGGUCCGGCACACAAGAUUGCCAAUCCCCACCACCCACUUACCCGGUGACCCUUCUCAAUUUCGACAUUAAAACACCAGCGGUCUCCUAUGAAGUGAGCUUGAACCACGGCCACAACGUCCCCGUUCGUAUCCAACCGGACGGCGGGUCUCUCGUCGGCGGGAGGGCACCAUGUCCGGUCGUGGAUUGUGUUGAAGAUAUAAGCAACGUGUGUCCUAGUCCUCUAGUUGCCACGAACAAGGAUGGGUGGUAUGUUGGGUGUUACAGUGCGUGCGAUGCGUUGAAGGAUCCAAAAUAUUGUUGCACAGGAAAUUUUAGUAGCCCAGCGGCUUGCCAGCCUAACGACUACUCCAAGACCUUCAAGCAAUUAUGCAAAUUAGCCCACACCUAUCCACGCGACAAUGAUCCUCCCACUUAUAAAUGUUCCGGGGCAACCAGUUACAACAUUACCUUUUGUCCCUUCUAAAUUUGCCAUGUCCUGUCACAAAUGCUAGCUUGUAAUAUAUCCGUAAUCCAUUAAUGGGGGUGCUUUUCAGCUAGCUUUGUAUUUUGACAGAAUAUAUAUGAAAUCCAUGAAAAGGGAUAUUGGAGGAUAUUUUGUUGGGA